AGCGCGCCGGAGGAGCCGCCGCCGCCGCCGCCGCCAUGCGCCAGGCCUUGACCCAGCCGCGCCCCAGCGCCAUCCCCCUCUCCGACUCCACGGGGUCUUUCAAUAGAAGAAAAAGAAAUUCCCUCUACGUAACGGUGACUCUUCUCAUUGUGUCUGUAUUAAUUCUUACGGUUGGUCUUGCUGCUACAACGAGAACCCAAAAUGUGACUGUUGGAGGUUAUUACUCGGGGGUUAUUCUUGGCUUGGGCUCUUUUCUUGGAAUUAUUGGAUCAAAUCUGAUAGAAAACAAAAAGCAAAUGCUGGUGGCGUCAAUAGUGUUCAUCAGCUUUGGAGUCCUGGCUGCUUUCUGCUGCGCCAUCGUCGAUGGCGUCUUUGCCGCCAGACACAUUGAUCUGAGGCCACUGUAUGCAGGACGAUGUCACUACUUUUCAAAAAGCACAGCCCCACCAGAGACAGUCUGCCCUCUCCAGCAGCGUGGUCCCUGCACACCUAAGAUCAGAACCAACACCUGCUUCUGUUGUGACUUGUAUAAUUGUGGAAGCAGAGUGGAGAUUUCCGGUGGUUACUACGAAUACAUUGAUGUCAGCAGCUGUCAAGACAUUAUCCAUCUUUACCAUUUGCUGUGGUCAGCAACCAUAUUGAACAUUGUUGGCUUAUUUCUAGGGAUCAUCACGGCUGCCAUCCUUGCUGGCUUUAAAGAUACGACUCCCUCGCUUCCUGCUCUUAACUGUACAGUGGAAAACGCUCGGCCCACAGUAUCCUAUUACUCGAGACCCCAGGUGACUUCGUACAAUACAUAUUAUCACAGCACUCCACAUCUGCCACCAUACUCGGCGUACGACUUCCAGCAUUCCAGCGUAUUCCCUGCCUCCACGCCGUCUGGCCUCUCCGAUGACCCGCCGUCAUUAUCGCCAUCUCCAAGCUACGUGUGGUCCCCCAUGGCACCUCCUCGCUAUUCACCGCCAUAUUUCCCACCCUUUGAAAAGCCACCACCUUACACGCCGUGAAGGGAAUAGGAACGCUGCCACUGGGACUCGUGGUGAA